AUGAGUGCUUAUAAUCCCGAGAAAUACUUGCCGACAAUAGAUGCUAUUCUCAGUGUUGCAGACUUGGAAGAAAUUACGGUGAAAAAGAUCCGAAAAGCGUUGCAGGAGCUAUUUGGAAUUGACUUGAAUCCACAUAAGAAAGAUAUAAAUGAGAUAAUAUUGGAAAGAUUUUAUGCUUUACAAAACAGUAAUAGCGAUAGACAAAAGAAGAAGGAAAUUUUGCAGUCGACUGCAAAACUGCUGACGGAGGAGUCUGGUAGUAAGGAGUCGAGGAAUAGAAAAGCGAAACAAGCAACAAGAAGAAAAGCAACAAAAAGAGUUGUUACCGCUACUUCAAACAAUCCUUUUAAUAAAGAUAUGGCUUUGAGUGCUGAGUUGCAAAGUGUAAUUGGAGAAGAAAAGUGUUCGCGACCUCAAGUAGUGAAACGACUAUGGGCGUAUAUUAAAGAUAAGGACUUGCAGAAUCCUUCAGACAAGAGACAAAUUAUGUGUGAUGACAAAUUGCAGCAGUUAUUUAAAAAGACCGCCACUGACGCUAUUAUACUAACGAUUGCAUUGAAAGAAACCGUAGGUGCUUUUGAAAUGAAUAAGAUUUUGAGCAAUCAUGUGUUUAAAAUUGAAGACAACGAGAUGGUGGAAGAUGGUGUAAAGGAGGAGGAGGAAGAGGAGGAAGAGGAGGAGGAAGAGGAGGAAGAGGAAGAGGAGGAAGAGGAGGAGUCAAAAGAGAUAAAAGAAAAGCCUAGUUUCGAAUAUAACUAA